CUGUGCUCGCUGUCAGCGCUGGGAGCCGUUCGGUUUCCUGCCGGUUGGGGCGAGCGUCUCUGUCCGUGGUGGCGGCGGUGGAGGAAAGGAAGAGCAUAAUUAAAAAAAAAAAGAGAGAGAGAAACCGUGUUAAAAACGAUCAGCGAGAAAUACAAAGCACAACACCAUGGGAACCCGAGACGACGAGUACGAUUAUUUAUUUAAGGUGGUGCUGAUCGGCGACUCCGGCGUGGGCAAGAGCAACCUGCUGUCCCGCUUCACCCGCAACGAGUUCAACCUGGAGAGCAAGAGCACCAUCGGCGUGGAGUUCGCCACCCGCAGCAUCCAGGUGGACGGCAAGACGAUAGCGGACAACAACAUCGUCAUCAUGCUGGUGGGCAACAAGAGCGACCUGCGCCACCUGAGGGCGGUGCCCACUGACGAAGCUCGAGCGUUCGCAGAGAAGAAUAACUUAUCAUUUAUUGAAACAUCUGCCUUGGACUCAACCAACGUAGAAGAGGCUUUCAAAAACAUCCUCACAGAGAUUUACCGGAUUGUAUCACAGAAGCAGAUCGCUGACCGGUCGGCACAUGACGAGUCUCCAGGCAACAAUGUGGUGGACAUCAGUGUGCCCCCCACCACUGACGGGCAGAGACCCAGCAAACUGCAGUGCUGCCAGAACCUGUGACCUCCGAUCUCUGCGGGACCCCCCCUCCCCAUCCCACUUUCUCCAGCCUUCGUCUCCGCUUUUGGCCCCCGAGUGUCGUGCAGCUGCUGUCCCGUAUUCCCUGUGAUUUCCGUGGAUCUCCUUCAUCUCUCAAAGCUGUAACUUUAAUGCUAACAUUCCUUUUUGUCGUCUUUUCCUUAUUUUUCACUUUCCUUUUUUCUCCCCUCCCCAUUAUUCCUCGAGCCUCUGAAUUUCCCCCUUUUACUGUAACAAGAUUAUUCAGUCCAGGGAAAUUCUGCACUGAUCACGUGACCCACUCCUGGUGAAGGGAUGGUGAGGGAUCAGUCUUGUCAGGUGCUGCCUCUCUUGAAGUCAGUUCCUCGGGUUCCCUGUUCCAAGCAGGGCAUGAAAUGAGCAAGUGUAGCAGGAAUCUCAAUGGAAUCUUUCCAUAAAUUUACCUGUACAAAGGUCUUUCAAAAGAUGCUUUCAAGUGGAUCAUGUAAUAAGGUUGUGACGGCACCAGAAAGGAGGCAGGAGUUUAGCUUUACUGGCAGCCUUAAUUGUGAGGACCAAGUUACCAGAGCAGUACAGUUAUGUACUGUUUGCCAGUGGUGCACUGGUAAUACUGGGUGUGAUCAUGACAUUUAAGUACACUGUCCUCAAGUCUAGCAGUCUUCACCAGUGCUCCUGAGAAUUUGUGAAUGUGCUUUUUAAAUGUUUUCUCCUGCACUGUAUGGCGGAUUGUUUCGCCAAUCAAACUUCGUAAUAAAGUCAAUAAAGUUAAUUAUAUACCGCAGCAAUGCAUCUGGUAUCGUACGAAAUGUAUUUUAAAAAGCAGCUUUUGUGAAGAGGAGCUUUUUGCAAGUUCUGUUCUGUAUUUGGAGAACAGAGAUGGUGAACCUAAUGGCAAGAUAUCUGGGUUGGCUUAAGCUUCAUUGGUUGCAAAAUUACCUGGAUUGAAUCCUGCUGAUGGUUAGUUAGUCAACUCUGGUUGCCUUUCUUGUCACUUGAAAGGUGUUUUAAUUGCAUUUCAUAAAAUACCAUAAAACGUUCCUUCGAAGUGAGAAGAAAAGGCCUUACAGCAGCCUUCAGUUAUACUCCCCCUUUCGGCUCAUUAAACCUGGUAAUACCAGGACGUUUCAUAUCAUCUUCUUAACUAUCUUGUCUACUAGCAUUGUCUGUCUUGGUUACAGCUGAUUUUCUGCUCAAGAAACAAGUAGACAAAAUACACUAAAAACAAUUUGCUCCAUGUGACAACCCAGAUGUUUACAUAAUGACUUAAUCCUCUCUGAAGCCCUGUGGCUUUGCAUCGGACAAUGCAAAAUUUCACGCUCUGUAACGCUUGCAUUAACAACGGCUCACAGCGAUAGACUGUAUCUUCCUAUCGAUGGCCUUUGAUCAGUGGACAAUGGGGGUGACUGGUUGACCCUUUCAGUUUUUGCAUGUCAGUGCUCUUACUUUAUUCCUUGUAAAGUAUAAUCUUAGACAUGUUAGAGAUUUAAUAUAGAAGCAAUACCCAUCAUGUAUAUAACCUCAAAUCUUCUGACUAUUUACAGCUUUGUAAACAAAUGGCAUUGUUUCUCUUGUCCUUGAGGGUCUGACUUUUGUCAUGUUUUCCCAAAGUGACGACUAGUGGCAUUGCAACCACUGUUCCAGGCUUCCAUGGUCUUGGUGUUGCCUUAGAAAAAGCCACAAGUGUUUUUAUUUAAAACAGUUUUUUUAAAUAGAACAUAAAAGAAGACCUGAAAAUGUAAUGUGACUUAUAGGAGAAGCUAUGUUCAUAUGCAACACAAACUGACUUCUUCAGACAUUCUACGCUUUUUGGGGUGUUAAAGUAGUUAAAACAUUAAACCAUUUAGAAAGCAAGUCUAAACUGAGUGUCUGUGGAUUCAAAUCUUGUAUUUACAGCAUAUCGUAAUGAACAGUUUAGUUGAGCACCACCACAAUUUUUUAAUGAAUUUUCUUUUCAAUCAAUCACGUUCCUUGUAUUUAUACCUGGCAUCUUCGACCUAGUGCUUAAAUAAUGGUAUCGCGAUACUAAAUGAAGUCUGAAGUGCAUUUGAAGAUCUAGAUUUGAAAUUCUCAUCUAUAACACUGGAAAGUGAGUCAUGACAGUUUUUAUGUUUGCUAGAUUUCAUUCACUCCCUUUAUCUGCAGUUGUUUAUGUAUUUCUGUUAAGUGCAAUCCACUAUGUAAAUAUAUAUGCGUCACUUAAUUUCUGCAUGGAUAAUAUGUAUGGUGCAUAAAUAUGUUGCCAAACCUAAGUAAA